AUGAAGAUGCAUGAAGUUUUCCUUCUACAAGUUAGUGCUACUGACAGAGAUCUUGGUGAGAAUGCCCACAUCCUCUACUUCAUCGAACCACCAAAUGAACGUUUUUUGGUAAAUGCAUCAACUGGGGAAAUUUCAAACAAACAGCCCAUUGUUCUCCAUGAAUCUGAAUCUGUAAUUUUUGCUUUCACAGUUGUGGCAACUGACUGUGGCAGUGUUCCUUUGAACAGCUCUAGCAUUGUUUCAGUGACAUUAGUACAAUAUAAUAAUUUCCCACCCUCGUUUUUACCCUUCAGGCCUUUGGUACCAGUCCCUUUAACCCUGGUUGUGGGAACAGAAGUGAUCCAGAUAUCUGCAGUAGAUCAAGAUUUUCUUGAAAUGAAAAACAGUGUUGAGUACUUUAAUAGUGGUGGCAAUGGAUCUCUUUUUUUUAAGGUAGAACGUAACAGCGGAAAAGUGCUGUUAAAUAAAACUUUAGCAAAUAGUCUUAACAUCAUUCUAACACUUCAGAUCACUGUGAAAGAUAAAGGCCUUCCUCCUCUUUCUGCAGCAACUGAAAUCAGUUUUGAAGUCACACAAGAGAACCUGUUCGCUCCACAUUUUCCUAACAGUAAAGCUGAGUUUUUUGUUCAAGAAGAUUUGCCCAUUGGUUCAGUUAUUGGAAAGGUCCAAGGCAAAGAUAAAGAUUUUGGCAUCAAUGGUGUUAUUUCUUAUUCUUUUGAUGGUGGGAAUGAAAAUGGAUUAUUUACCAUUGGACACUCUUCAGGAUUGAUCAUGCUGGUUAAAGUGCUUGACUUUGAGGAAUCAGAAACUCAUCAUCUAAAAGUCAUUGCCAAGGAUGGAGGCUGGCAUCCCAAGAUGGGGCAACUCAAUAUCACAGUAUAUGUUAUAGAUUUAAAUGAUAACCCUCCUGUAUUUACAUCUACAGAUUACAUUGCCACUGUUUCAGAAAAUGCUUUAAUUGGUACCUCAGUUUUGCAGGUUUGGGCGAAGGACGCUGACACAGGAAUUCACUCUCAAAUCACGUAUUCACUUAUUGCAGGAGACAUCCAUCUCUUCUAUUUGGACACCAAAAAUGGCACUAUCACCACUUCAGAGAUAUUUGAUUAUGAGGAAAAUCAGCAUUUUGAACUUACAGUCAAGGCCACCAACAUUGGCUCUCCAUAUUUGUUUGAUAUUGCCCAUAUUCACAUCCAGGUCACUGGCCUCGAUGAAUUCAUCCCUGCUUUUCAAAGACAUCUAUACAACUUUUCUGUGUCAGAGGCUUUGCCGCUACAAACUGAAAUAGGAAGGGUCAUCGCCAUAGACUAUGACCGAGGGCCUGAUGGAAAAGUGUUUUACGUACUUGCAGGGCAAAGUAAAAAAGCUAGUUUUGUAGUGGACGAGCAUACAGGAACAAUAUAUAUCUGUAAAGAUUUGAAAAAUCGCCUUAAAAAUGAUGUCCAUCCUACAGGUGUUGGCAAAAAACAGAGGAGCCAUUACUGGAUUUAAUGUUGAUGAGGCAUUGAUACAUCUAGACAUACUAGAUGAAAAUGAUCCCCCUGAGUUUGAUUCAAUGCUCUACACCGUAGCAGUGCCAGAGGACAUCUUGAUUGGGACCUCCAUAACUAAAGUCAAAGCAGUGGACCGGGAUGU